AUGACCUUCCCCCGAUCCCAUCGUCUCUUCAAUUCUCUUGUUGUCCCAAUGUGGAUCAAGUGCAUCUCCUGCCUCGACAACAUGUGGGACAUAUCAGAUUUCGCUGAUGAGAUGCAAUCAAUAUGGGAUCAUGCGAUACCGAACAUCCUGCACACAGUUUCGAGGUCAAACAACCCAUUGAUGCAGCGCGCAUAUGACUACCGCAGCGACUUUGGUGAACGUGCUCAAGUUGUCAUCCAAAAGUUCAUUGAGAAGGGGGGCUGGACACCCAGCGAUAUUUUCUAUCCCUACAUGUGGAAAGAGUGUGUCGGAGACGAGGCAGAUCCAGAUGCUUACUACAGAGCUUUUGAAGACCAUUGUAUCCUUGACAUGUUCACACUUUAUCUCGAAUACAUUCACAAACUCCCAACUGCUUACUAUCAUCGAGCAAUGCGUAAGGGUGCUUUGUCUAUUGCAACUGUUGUGGUAGAACGAACAUGGAAGAUGUGGUCUACAGGGACCUUUGAGAAACCAACCAAUGCAUCACAUCAGCAGUUUGCUGAAGGGCUCUGGAGUCACAGCACCAAACUGAUCAUGGAGUCUAUUGACAGUGCUACUCGUCAUAAGUGGAAGAAGAUUUUGAAAGGUGCUGGUGCUUUCAUAGAUGUUCAUCAGAAACACCCCACUCAGCGGGCACAGGCCCAAGCCAAGGGCAUGGGUGUGAAUGGUCAAGCCAUGUGUAUUGAUGAAGACUCUCACUCAGAUUCUGGCUCUGAUAUAUUGUUGAUGGCUUCCUAUUUGGCUACUACUACUCAUUUGUCAUUAUUUCAAGAAUUCAUUGAUUUUCUGCUUUAUAUGUUUGGCUGA